GUUUCCCGCAGUUUCAAUGGUUAUGAUGGUGCGCGUCGUUGUUUUACAUGGCUUUGUCGUUAUUUUUUUUAUUACGCCCGGUAGAAUAGUUUGAAUGUUAUGUCUAUUUCAUGUAUAUUUUUGUGGUGAAAAUAAUAUGUAAUAAGCAAUGAAUCGUAGAGGAAUUGGUGUUUGUGAUUAAUUUCCGGUGGCAAGAAAUAAGCAUAUACAAUCCAUCACAGGUUUUAAAUGAUCGCCUAAUCGUCUGCUGUCAUCAUCAUGCCUCACGAUAUUGUUUACCCACAAGGUUGUCGUCCUGUAACGGAUGACCUGGGGCCAGAUGAACUUAUACGACGACUUAAGACAUUGGCUCAUACUCUGCAAGCAAUGGGGCAGGAUGAGGGAAUGUAUCAACAGUACAUACCAUUGGCACUCCACCUUGCUGAGGAUCAUUUCUUGAUGCAUCAGAGUAAAGAUGUUCAGCUACUAAUUGCCUGUUGUAUUGCUGAUGUUCUAAGAGUUUAUGCUCCAGAAGCCCCUUAUAAAGAUCCAGAGCAGGUUAAGACAAUAUUCCUCUUCUUGAUCAAGCAGUUAUCUGGCCUCAAAGAUCCAAAAGAUCCUGCUUUCAAACGGUAUUUCUAUCUUCUGGAGAAUUUGGCUUAUGUCAAGAGUUUUAACAUGUGUUUUGAGCUAGAGGACUGUCAAGAGAUCUUUUGUGCUCUUUUCUCCCUCAUGUUUAAGAUUGUCAAUGAUGAACACUCUGGGAAAGUUAAGAGCUUCAUGCUUGAUGUACUGUGUCCACUCAUAACUGAAUCAGAUAUAGUGUCCAAUGAACUGCUGGAUAUUAUUCUGAUGAAUGUGGUGGAACCUAACAAGUCACAACGAAAGAAUGCAUAUCUCCUUGCUAAGGAGCUUGUAGUGAAGUGUAGUGACACACUGGAACCAUAUAUACAAACUUUCUUCAAUCAUGUAUUGAUCUUGGGUAAAGAAGAGAAAGGACUUGGAAUCUGUGGGAAAGUAUAUGAUCUCAUCUAUGAGCUCAACCAUAUAUGCCCCAGUGUCCUUCUGGCAGUUCUACCACAGCUUGAAUGCAAGUUGAAAUCAGCCCAAGAGGCUGAACGUUUGGGUGCAGUUGCUCUUUUGGCAAGGAUGUUCAGUGAAAGAGAUUCUAACCUUGCAAGACAUCAUACACAACUGUGGAAAGCCUUUCUUGGAAGGUUUAAUGACAUCAGUGUUGCUAUCCGUACAAAAUGCGUGCAGUAUUCAAUGCAUUUCCUUUUGAACCAUCCUGAAUUGCGUCGUGACAUCACCGAAACACUGAAGAUGCGGCAGCAUGACUCAGAGGAGAAUGUUCGUUAUGAGGUUGUAAUGGCUAUAGUUACAACAGCAAGGCGUGACUUUGAAGUUGUUUCAGAUAGUGAGGAUCUUCUUGAAUUUGUCAAGGAGAGGACACUUGAUAAGAAGUUCAAGAUCCGUAAAGAAGCCAUGUCAGGAUUGGCGAUGAUUUACAAGAAGCACCUAAAUGAUGCAGAUGUACCACAAGCAACCAAAAAGGCGGUGACGUGGAUUAAAGAUAAAAUUCUUCAUGGUUACUACAUGACUGGCAUGGAAGACAGGUUAUUGGUAGAGAGGUUAUUAAAUACAUGUUUGGUUCCAUUCCAACUACCUGCAGAAGAGCGCAUGAAGAAAUUGUACCACUUGCUAGGAACAAUUGACGAAAAUGCCACGAAGGCUUUCAUUGAACUCCAGAAGCACCAGCUAGCUGUGCGUCGUAGUGUGUCAGAAUGGUUGGAGCUUCAUCGGAGACCACACUCUGCUGAACGUGACAAAGAUAUGGCUGCACGAGUCACUGUACUUUCAAGAUUCUUACCUGAGCCUGUGAAGGCACAGGAGUUUCUUACCAAAUUUUCUGUUCAUCUUAUGCGGGACCCUGCACUGUUGCAAGGAAUGGAGACUAUUGUUAGGCCAGACAUCAGCUGCAAAGAUUGUGCAGACACCACAAGUCUCGUGCUGAAGAAAUUAGGUCAGCCAGUAAUGACAAACUUAUAUUAUAACACAGUCAAAAUGCUGCUUGAGAGAAUAUCAUCUGUCAUGGUGGAUCAUCAUGCUCUUAAGUUGCUUGUUGGCUACAUAGAAGAUUGUUUAAAGGGUGGAAAUCUCAUAGAAGAGGUUGGGCUUCAUCCAAACACAGCAGGAGAGAGAGGGUUGAAGCUUUUAGUGAUGCUGUCUUUUGUGUUUCCUUGUCAUUUUCUUCACGAAGAUGUUCUUCAUCAUCUUGCUUCAUUUCUUAACAUGGAAGAUGAAACAGUGGCUCCAUUAGUUCUUUCUGUUUUUACCUUCCUUGGCAAAUACAAACCAAUAGGAGAGCUGUUUGGUGAUCUCAUGCGAGAGUUGGUGCCCAUUUGUAAGGAGUUUGCUGUAACAGGUACAGCAAAACAAGCAAAGCAAGCUAUCCGUUGCUUGUAUGUUAAUCUUGCACAUGGGCAGGAUGCAGUGUUUUCAGAAAUAUUAGAGAGAAUAAAAGAAAAUCUUAAUCCUAGUUCACAACACUUCAGGACGGCUAUUGUUGCUUUGGGGCAUAUUGCAUACAAUUUGCCUGACAAAUAUCCUGUCCACAUAAAGAACAUAGUCUCUCGGAAGGUUGUAAAAGAAUUGUUGGUGAAAGAGAGUGGAGUUAGUUCAGAUCUCUUGGGUAGUGAAGUAGAAUGGUGCAGAGAGGAAGAACUGCCUGAAGAAACUCGGUGUAAGCUUGAAGGACUGAAGACUAUGGCACGGUGGCUACUUGGACUGAAAGGUGAUGAACUGUCAGCUCAAAAGACUUUCAGAAUGUUGAAUGCAUUCAUUGUUAAUCAGGGUGACUUGCUUCAACAGGGAAAACUUAGUAAAGCAGAACUGGCAUGGCUUCGGUUAGGAGCUGGCUGUGCAAUGCUUAAAAUCUGUGAGCAGAAAGGAGUGGGUGACCAGUUCAAUGCAGAGCAGUUUUACCAUUUGUCCCUCCUAAUGACUGAUGAAAUUCCGCAGGUACGGGAAAUCUUUGCAGCCAAGUUACACAAAGGUCUGAGUAAAGGAAUUCCAAACAACAGAUGUCUACCACUUGACUUUAUGGGAUACUAUGCCCUUGCAGGUCAAGAGGAAGACAAGAGAAUUAAGGCUCAGAUUCGUCAGCAUAUGAUAUCUGAUAUAAAUAAGCGAAGAGAAUACAUCAAAACUCUACCUGUCUGGUCUACAGGAGGUCCAACUGAAAGGGGGAUGGGCCAGCUGGCGCACAUUCUUCCUGAUUAUAUGCUAGUUUUUGCAGUACCAGUUCUGGCCCAUGACCCAGAUUUCACUUCAAAUGAAGAUAUGGAGCAACUUACCAGGGUGCGACAGUGUCUCUGGUUCAUACUUGAACCUCUGAUGACAAAAAAUGAAUUCUACUGCUUUGGUUUUUACAAAAAUCUUAUUGAACGUAUGAAGAAUCAUAAAGAUGCUCUCAAAGGGGAGGAUGAUAGCAUGAAUUAUAAACUUUGGGCUGUGUGUGACUUAGCCAUGGGCCUAGUCCUUUCUAAGACGACGAACUAUGAAAUGAAAGAGUUUCCUGCAGAAACAAGGGUUCCAACCAUGUACUUUCGUCGUCAUGAGGAUGCCCUUUGGGUUAAUGCAAAAUCUUACCUGCCACCUGAUAUGCAAGUGCAUGCUCCUAAGAUGAAGCCAGGCAUACCUAUAUCUAUGGUAGACACUGGCACAGGUGGUAUGAAGUUGGUCACACGUGGAAAAGUGAGAGGUCGUGCUUUAAAGCAACAGCAAGGUGUUGGCAUCAAUGAAACUGAUGUUAAGGAGGAAGGCAUGUUGGAGUGUAUUGAUGCAGAGCCUUCUGAAGCAUCAGAAACAAAAAUCCAGUUGCCUGGCAUGGAAGAAGAGUGUGGAUCAGAAUGUGAUGAACCUCCACCAAAGAGAGCAGUACUUGAACACCAACAUAAAUUGGAACCCAUGUGAAUGUUGUCAUCAUGGACAAUUAGGAGCAAAUGGAUGGACCAAGCCUCCAUUCGAACAGUUUGACACAUUCACUCUGCAAGCAUUGUACAUUAGCAUUACUGAAAGGAAUGGCAUAUUUAUGCUGUUUGUAUCUGUGUUAUUCCUUGUCACUUAAAAUUUGGUCUGUAACACCCCAGACAAUUGUGUGUUAACAAGAACCUUAUCUGAACUGUGGCAGUUGUGUCAUGAAGUCGCAAAUAAGGAAUUCUCUCCUAUCUAAAUUGAAAGUGAACAAGUGUCCACAUUGGACUCAGAAUUAGAUAUGUUUAUUUUUAAUGAACUUAGCUUUCAAGGAAUAAGUUAUAUAAUGAAAAUAAUUUUUGUGCAUUGACAGAAUAAGAUUUUAUUCUGAAGCCAAAUCAGACCUUUGUCAAAGAAUGAAUUCCAUUACUUUAGAUGAGCAUGUUGAAGAAUUAUGACUGUUACUGUCUUGUGACAGAUUGAUAUGUGCAUGCUCUUUUUGUUCUUACACCCACCAUUCCUACAGAUAUUUCGUCUAGAUUCAUCAGUGCAGGUGAUCAUACUUGCACAGACCCUCAAAAUCCUAGACAGGGAGGAUGAAAAUAAUGUAUAUGUAAAAGAAACAAAAUUAACAGUGAAAUCAUGCCUAAAUUAAAUUGGUCAUUCAGCAAAGCAUUGUGUAUCUCCAUACUGCAUUUCUAUCUGUAAUGGCCCAUAGAUAAAUUGUUGUCUGAAAUGUUUCAGGGGUUAUGUGAAGUAAUGUAUGAAAGUUGUAUUACUUUGAAGUCCUGAGCAUUUAAAACUGACUGUUUUUCAAAUCAUUAUAUUCAGGAAGUACUUUUAUAGGUUUGCUAUAUCAUUUAUGUUGGGGGUAGAAAAUGGUAUCAUUUUCAUUGUUACUCAGAAAUAAAACAGGUGGGCUAGUAUAGAAUAUCCAUCAUUAUGGUGAUAUUUAUGGUAAUUUAUUAAUUUUGUAAUGCUGGUACUAAUGAGGUGUGUAUAUCUGCAGCAUGUUAUACAUAAAAUAGUAUGUCUUUAGUCUUUGUUUUGUUUUUAAUAUUAAAUGCAACUCUCACAUUUUGUGUUCUUUCAGCAAGGUACUUUUUUCUAUCUGUAUUCACUGAUUGGAAAUCUUAUGUAAACCAUGUUCGUGGUUUGAAUGAUUCUUAUGUAAAUAAUUGAAAUUAUCAAAACGUUAUCUUUGCAACCUAUAAUGGGCCCAUUACACUUCUUUGAAAGGUAGUGUAAGCACUGUAUCUGGUAUAAAUAUAAUUUACUUCAACCCAUUCUGUAUGGCAAUACCUAUUGUAAUGCAGAAGUUCAGGCUACAGUGUUUGGAAGAUGUAAAAUACCAUAUGUAUAAAUGUAAUAAAAAAAUGGCAGUCAGAAGGCUCUUUCCAUCAGCCUCUAUCCAAGAUUAUAGGCUGUGUUUUUAUGGAGGAAAGCUUAUCCCUUGUUUCUAAAUUUGAAUGCUGCAAUGUACAGCACAAAUUGUCAACCCAGAAAUUAUCAUAUGGUCCAGAUCUUCAAUUUCAUGUCCUACAUAAGAAAUUGAUGCAAAGUGUUGAUGUUUUCAUAUGAAACAAAAUUUUGUUGCUUUACUGAUCUUAAAAAUGUUAUUACAAGUUGCCAGUUUUCCCCCCUGUAUGGUGUAUUGUGACCAAAAUUUUAUAUUUAAUGUUAUUUAGCAUAAGUAUUGGCAUUUUUUAAAUUGUUAUAAAUUUUUAUACUUGGCAUUGUUCUUGUUCUUUACAAUUUUUUAAAUUGGCUUUAAAAUAGGAUCAUUGGUCCUUACUGAUACGUACCUCAUGACUUCAGACUUCUUGAACCAUGUGGAUUUUGAUAUCCCCUAAAACAUCAGUAAUUUGAGGUGCUUGGGCCAAAAUUACAAACUUCAUAUUAUAUAAUUUUGAAUUAUUCAGUUUCUCACUGUGAACUUACCUUCUGGGUAAUUAGUUGGAAUAAGAAUGUAACAGUGCACUAUAAGCACUGAUAUUCAGGUACAGUAUGCGAGCACAGUUUUUAAACCACAAAUACUUUGCAUGACUAGCAGUUUACACAAAUACAAACUUUUCAUUGUUAGGUUUCAGAAAGAUCUUGUAUGUCCUUAACACAGAUUCUUAAGGACAGCAUGAUUUUUUUUUCACACAAAUAUCACGGACUAAUAAUAGUCCAGCACUGGUAAUGCCAUAAAAGCUUCUUUAUGAGUAGAAUUGGAUGGUAGUGGUGCAUCUCCUGCGUCUCUUCCUGUUAUCUGCCCACAUGGUGCAUAAAAGGUCCCUUUUUUAACAGAUUGCACAUUUUCUCUCCACUUUCUGGUCUCUCAGCAGGUAACCUUGUUGAAGGUCAACUACUUCAUACAGUGCAGAGGAAGUUACUACCUACAAAAAUGAACACUCUUAUUUCUGUGCAAAUUGCAGUAUACAAUUGUAUAUUGUAUAUUAGGUAAUAAUCUGGAAGUUGUCACAGGGCUUCCAUAUUGCUUUGAAUUGCAAAUUAACCUAUUUCACGUAGCCACAUCAAGAAGCAUACAAAAUCAUACCUUCAAUGAUGGGAAUGACGUUUAAAAUUAGGCGGUAUUUGAAUUAAUUGGUAACAGAAUUAAUGACAGUGUACUGUGCUGCUUCCUGAGGCUAUUUUAUUCAGUGUCUGUUGUUUUGCACUUGUUUUGGGAAUUAAUUUUUAGUUAAAAUAUCAGUACCUGAAAUUUUUUGGGUGUGUACACCUAAGAAACAGUGAAAGCAAGUGAUGUUUUUUUGUUGAAAGACAUAAUUUUAGUAUGAACUGCAGUACAUAAUAAAUAAAUAAGACAUUACAAAAUAUAUGAUUAAAAUGUCUUCCCCUGCCUUUGUGGAUUGGUAUGUUUCUGGAUUUCACUGUUUUUCUAUAUGAUAUGAACAGAUCAUAUUAAUAUGCAACAGUAAUGUAGAUGUAGAAUUGCUAAUAGAAUACCAAAUAAAAUGUUAUAUUACCAUGUCACAGGGAAGAUUUUAAUAAGGUAGAGUCAGACAUUAAUUCUUGUAGCCUAAAAGUGUGGAAGGAGAAGAAUGAAUUAAGUAGCAGGUGGCACAAAGAAUCACGUUUAAAAACAUGGUAAAAACUUCUCUAGAUCUGAAUGAAACUCAUGUCAGUUAUAUAGAACAUUCUUAAGCAUGUGUAACACAGGAUUUAUUCAGUUGGUUUGGUUUGUUACACAGAAAUGUAUUUUCGGUUUUGAUGAAAAUUUGUACAUCAUAGUGCCCAUUCUUUCAAAAUCUUGAAUCAAGCUGUAGUUAAAUUUGGAAGAUCCAAAAUAUGGUAGCCAAAUUUUCCAGGUUUAAAUUUGUCAGAUUACCAUGUUUGAAACAAACAUGAGUUAGUGUACAAGAACCAGAGAGAAUCUUUUCAGUCCCUGGGGUUACUGUAACAGGCAACUGAAAAUGUGUGGUCGUUCAUAUCGAGCAGCCAUUGAGCAGUGAAGAAGACUAGUUGAAACCAUAAUCUGGGAAAACAGGGGUCCUAUGCUACAUUGGUUCUGAUAAAGUAAUGUGAUACAGUUAGUACUAAAAUUACUGUUUUUAACGUUGAAAAUGGAAAAUAUUUUUCUGUAUAGCAAAUUGACGUCAAUGAAUAAAUCUUUCUUUUUAUGCACAUAGUGUGUUCCAUGAAACUUUUACAUGUUUCAUUCAUAUCAAUGUAACAGUAUUUGCUUAAUGUAAAGAGAACACUAAUAAAACUGUUGGGACUUUCUCACCCCUCUCCCCACCAACCAAUUUCUUGAGCUGUAAAAUGAUGUGUGGCAUUAUUUUCUCAUAGGCCUAGUGUGAGCCGAACGGAACUUGAACAGGAAAAAUAAGCUAUAUAAAUAUCCUUAAAAUAAUAUCAGCAGGAAAAGAAUAACUGCAGUUAGGCAGAUUAAUCUUUUGUAUUUCGUUCAUACUAAAUUGAAGAGCUAUUCAUAAUAUUUAUAAUGAAGAGAAAUAUUUGUCACCAUAAUGUUGGUAUAUAUAUAUAUAUAUAUAGCACAAUGAAAGCAUGUAGACACCUAAAUCCAACAACUGCCAUCACUAUAAUUGUACAGAGAAGAUUAUUUUCUUUCUUAUGAAUCAUUAAAGAUUUACUAGACUUGAAGUAUUGGCCUACAGUUACAGUCCUAUGAAUGAUUGGUUGUAAAACAUAUGAUAUCAAAUCAUGAUCCUGAAAAGGGAAAUUCUUUUUUAAUUGGCAGGUUUAUGGUAAUUAACAAAUAAGAAAGACUUGUGUGGAUAAAUUGAAUCACAGUUUAUGUUAGUGGCAUGGUUGGGGGCUGAACAAUGAAUCACAAAUUAAAACUGUGAACAUGCAGUUCACAACAUAAGUUUUGUGUGCUUGCAAAGCUGAAUAGGCAGCUUUUGCUGAUGUGUGAGUACAUGACUACUCUCCAGUAUUAGACAUUCAGACUAAAGCUGACAACCGUAUUGUUUUUUCAGAAGUGGUUCAUAAGUAAUGGUUUUGUAUGUAGGUCUGCUGUUAUAUGUCAGCAUGUCAGUGAUAAAAUUAAAUAUGGUUAUUGGGUUUGCAGCAUCUUGUGUGUUGUGUUCAUGUCUGUUUUUCUUAAUGUUUGGAAACUACCAGGUAAUUUUGCACUGAAGUUUGCACAUUAUGUUAUGGAACAUCAGACGUUUGUUUUAAGGUACACUAUGAAUAGAUGCCUCAUGUAUGAUGAAAGUGAAAUUCUUUAGUUAUAAAAAAAAGUCAGUACACCUUGAUGGAUUUGGAAGCUGUACUGUGUUUGGUUUGUUUGAAUACAUAAAGUCCAUUGUUCAUUUCUAUACGUAACUCUGCAAGAAGAGGUUAAUUCCUGCCUCCCCCCAAUAUUUAUGAGAAUACUCUCUAUACAGAUCAUUUGCUCAGCUCAAAGCUAUAAUACAGAAUAUAAAAUUUGCUGUCAAGACUGUUUCCUGCACCUGACCUGGCACUCUUCUUGGGUAGACCCUCUGUGGUAGACAGUAAUUCACAGUUGACUUUUCCACUGUAGCUUAGCAUAACUUUUAUGCAGAAGAGUCUCAGUGUGACACCCCUCUGUUUGUAAGCAUGUCUCACUUCGUGAGAUAGUGUUUCUAGACACAUCAAAGCUGCUGAAUGGGAGUAGCAGAAAUUUCAUGCCUAAUAUUUUCUUGAAUUUCUUCCAAAUGAGUGUACAUUUUUCAUGUUGGUGUGUCCAACAAAUAAGACAAUGAUUCAAAUCGGAUGAUCAUGGAGACCACAAUCCUUGACUUAUGAUUUCUUCAUCGAAGACUUCAUCUAGUUCAUCCACAGAAUUGUUCACAGUAUGUACCAUUGUAUUGUCUUUCAUAAAAUUCCCAUACCGUUUUUCUUCAUCAUCCAGUUGACUGAAGGAGAGUGACAAACUCAGUUUCACAUAACAUUAAGAAUAUAUUGUUACAUGAAAAAGCACCAGCCUGAUUAUACUCCAUAUACUAAUUACACACUAAACCCCAACCUUUAAUUCAUGAAUGGCAUGAGGAUAUUCUGUGCUUCAGUAUCAGUUAUUGUGGCUGUUAACCAGAACCACUUAGGGUGAAAUGUGCCUUUUCAGAAUUAAAUAUAAGUUCUGUGUCAAAAAAUUCAUUGAAUACCAGUUCUUGGAAGCACCCACUGUGACAGUUUCUUGCUUUGCAAUUUGGAGGCAAAAGGCUGUAUAUGACAGUAGUUUUGAGAGACCAUAACUUUACCUUUGCACCAAAAUGGGCUGUACUAUCUGCCAACCUCCACUGAAGAGUCAGAAGAUAGAACAACUUCUUCGGGCCGCUUCUAAUCAAGUACUAUUGCUGUAAAUUUUUAUUCUUCAGUUAGCACCUGUCUUAUCCACAUGGAAUGUAGUUUUGUUACAUCACUGUGAAUUGUGGCCUUAAAUGGCACUACUGUCAGAAUAUGUCCUACAAGAAGUUUGUAUGGCAUUUCCUCCAUGAAGAAUGCUGCACAGAUACUGUAUAUGAAUGGUUUAUGUUUUUAACAGUAUAGUUCAUAACACUUGCAAAUUGUGUUCACACAUAUCACAGGGACAUUUGACCAUUCUAAACAAGCAGUGCUAUUGAGAUAUGCCAGCUAGCACUGGGUGGUUUGGUGCCCCACAGUAGACAAGUAUGGACAAAGAGAUUUCUAGCCAGUAGGUUUAGAAUAAAUUGGAUUCUCUGGACAGACAGUUCUGUCUUUUAAGCUAUGACUGCACUGAGUUAAGCAUAUAAUAUGCUUACACAUGUAUGAUAUGGUACAACUAAUUGCUUUGAAUCUAUUCUGAGAAAAAUUUGUUUCUUUAUGGUCAGAAGGAAAUUUGAUUGGUUUAUGCACUGUUUGCAUAAAAUAAUGGAAUAAUUGUGAGGUCCGAUCCAUCUGUCCAUAAUCCUCAAGAAUAUUUAACAGAAUUCAGUUAAAUUUGAUGCUAUAGGUCUGCAGUAAGAGUUAGAUAAAUGUAGUACAUUCUGGUAUACAUGAAGCUCAAGUUGAACUUUACAGAAGUUUUCAAAAAUUGCGUGAUGUCGCAUAAAAUACAGAUCAUACCAAGGUCUGCAACAUAAAUCUAACCCCCCUCCCAAUUCCCCAGUAUGUUAGAUAUAAUGUCAUAUGUUUAUUUAUUUUUGGCCUUUAUCACGUAUGGAAUUUAUGAAUCCUGUGCAUUAUAGUAUCUGUUUGAUUGUCAGUGAUAGAUAUGGGCAGACAUGCACAGCUUGUUUGUAAGGUUACAAAUAAGGAACUGUUUCCUCACAGUGCUAAAGAUAUGAUUUAUAUGUGAUCAUAAAUUAUAUUUGUUGUGUUGGGGCUUAAGGUCGCAGAUAUUCAGAAUUACUCUUGAGCUCUGAGUUUUAAUAUUUGAGAAUUGCUGACUGUCUUGGGUUAACAGCAACAUAUAUUUUCCAGUUGAACUGUGCAGGAGCUAGGUCAUCUUUACAGAAAAAAUUGCCGUUUUUCACAGCAUAGCGCAGAUUAUUUGCAUAUUUAAAGCUAUCAAAUGUGUAUGAAGAAGUCUGUAUGACCAGAAUCAUUAGUAGCAGCUAACUCCUAAUGUGUUACAAUUUCUUUUCAUUUAGCAAAUACUAAUUCUAUCAGCCUCUUUAAAUAGAAGUCAGCUAUAGUUUCAAGACAGUAUAAAUAAGCUUAACUUUAAAUUGAAUCUAAAUCCUUAUCCCAUAAAAUUGAUUAAAAUUGUUUCAUUUUGGACAUAAUGUGAUGAGGCAGAUGACAGUAAGAUGUUUUAUUCAUCAUUAAAUGGACAAAGCUAGAUAGAAUCUGUUGUCAGCAACAAAGUUUAUAAUUUAUUGAUACUAUUUAUUUAUUGGUCAUGUAGUUGUUUUGUUUAUAGUGAUGAUAUUUCAUAUUACUUUCUUAUCUGCUGUUGAAGUAUAAAAAGUAGGCAACACUACAAUACUAAGGCUGCUUUCCAACUUUAACCAAUUUAUCUCUGUGUACCUCAUAGGUUGAGUAUAUUUGUUUCCAUUUGACUUACUUGCAACAAUCUCAUAUGGCAAAUUCAUUCAUGUAUUUGUUAAAUUGUCGUUAUAAGAGUCUGUGCUUAAUGAAGUUUUACCUUUAUUUAAUAACACUGUUAAUGGUUGUCAUGCAUACAAGUCAUGUCUGUUAACGUUUCACAAGAAUUGGUUCCAUGUUGAAGUGAAGCACAUAUUUCUUCCUGCUCUUUUAAUUUAAACAAAGGGUAAAAGUGCAGAACAUUGACAAGUCUCUGUUUGUUACAUAUGGACAUUGAAAGCAGACUAUAAACUUACGCUGAACAAGUCUUUACAUUCUUAAUGCCAACAAUAAAAGCAGCAGGAUUUAAAACAUGUAAUCUUUGUGCAUGUUUGACAAGUCUGUUUCAGACCUCAAAAAAACUUAUUUAGAUAAAAGCUGUAUUCAGUUCUGAUUUUCAUAAUAUGACAUUGGUGAAAUGAAAUGCAGUUGCUAAUAUUACAUGUGUACUAUAACGGAAAUCAAAUAGUGAUACAUGAUGACAUGGUGAUGUUGGCUUGUGUUGUCACUGUUUUGCUUCUCAGACAUUAUGACCAAUUUUCAGUCAUAAUAAUAAUAUUUAAAGCUGUUCUCAGCAUUUUUAUAUGUUGGUAUUGUAACUUAUGUGUUUCUGUAAAAAGCACAUAACUGGGUUUGGUAAAAGAUGAGAGCCUUGUCCACUGGAGGUUAGUUUUUCAGCACGAUGUUAGCAUGUAGGAGUUUAAUGUUUAAUUACUAUAAUUUGUGAACUUUAUUAUUAUUAUUAUUAUUGAUGCUAAAUAAAUAUAUAGAUUAGUAUGCUAUCCUUAGAAAAAGUGUGAGUUUUUUACAGUAAGAUUGUGUGAAAUUGUUCUACCAUCACAUGACUUUGAUAGCACAGGGUGGUUCAUUCCUUCUUUCUGGCAUUCUCAUUUUACAUAGUGAGCCACCCGACUGCAGAAAGGAUAAGAAAAUUGCAUGAUGUAAUUGAAAGUUCCAUCCAUGUUUGAAAAAUGUUUUCAGCAAAACAAUUGUACUUACCUGACAUUACAAUAGCUGCUUAAAGUGGUGUUGUCCAACUUCUAGACACAUAUCACAUGUUGAAACUGAAGAAUAACAUCCCAUUUUUUGAUAUGUAGAGCUCUGAAGUGCAAGUAUUAGUUCUGUGCAGUUUGUACUUCUGCAGACAAAUGCCCACAGCUUACUAAUCAAAAGAACAUUGUGCACUGAUUCAAAGAAAUGAAGUAUGCACAUUUUAUCAAAGCAGUAGACAUGCAUAAAUCAUGCAUGUUGGCUGGAAUCAAGUUAAUAUGUAAACUAAAUGCUGGAACUGUCGUAUGAAAUGCUAUGUACUUUAUAAUACCUAGGACAGAGAAGAGUCAUGGGAUUUCAUCCAUAUGAUUAAUGACACUGAAGAAAUCUGUAUAUUGGAAUUCUGUAAUUAUUUUCUUCAGUUUUUAAAUUGUGAAUGAAGGGAAAUACCUCUGGAAGUGAAAAAUGGCAUUGCCUUAAUACUUGUAAAAUAAAAGUUUUGCAAUCAUA